AUGAAACAAACCAAAGGAGAACUUAUGUCCUUCAAUAAUUUCUUAUCCACAAGUGAAAAUCGUCAAGUGUCCCUUACAUUUGCUCGAGAAGGAGCAUCGAAAAAUUCCAAUAUGGUCGGUAUCCUCUUCAUAAUGACCAUCGAUCCAGCAAUAUGUUUCAAAUCAUCAAUUCCUUAUGUCGAUGUCAGCAAAGAUGGCUAUUUCAAGGACAACGAAGCCGAAAUACUUUUCACAACACAUACAAUAUUUCGCAUCGACCGAAUUAUACAAAUCCAAGACAAUCAUACCGAUCGUCUAUGGGAAGUCAAACUUACUCUUGUGGGUAACGACAAUCAUGAAUUAAACACACUUACAGCACAUCUACGUGAAGAGCUUGGUAGGGAAACAGGAUGGUCUCGACUGGGUUAUAUACUUAUUCAAGUGGGCGAGUCUCCGAAAGCAGAACAACUCUAUCAGAUCCUCCUCGAAAAGGCAUCUUCUGAUGAAAAUCGAGCGGAGUACAGUCACCAACUUGGCCAGGUGUAUAAUGAUAUGGGAGAGUACUCGAAAGCACUUUCAUCGUACGAAAUAUCACUUGAAAUCCUCAAAAUAGCUCUCCCUCCUAAUCAUCCCGACUUGGCUUCGUCGUACAACGGCAUCGGUAUCGUGUAUUCUCACAUGGGCGAGUACUCGAAAGCACUUUCAUCGUAUGUACGAUCACUUGAAAUCCGAAAAAUAGCUCUCCCUCCGAAUCAUCCCGACUUUGCUCAAUCCUACGGCAACAUCGGUAUAGUGUAUAAAAACAUGGGCGAGUACUCGAAAGCACUUUCAUCGUACGAAAUAUCACUUGAAAUCCUCAAAAUAGCUCUCCCUCCGAAUCAUCCCGGCUUGGCUGGUUCCUACAACAACAUCGGUUCGGUGUAUAAAAACAUGGGCGAGUACUCGAAAGCACUUUCAUCGCACGAACGAUCACUGGA